AUGGCCGAGGCCGCGGCCGAGGAGGCCGAGCUGUCCCUGCGCCUGGCCCGCACCAAGACGCGCUCGUACGGCAGCACGGCCAGCGUGCGCGCCCCUCUGGCGGCCGGCUGGGCGCAGCGCCGCGUGGAGCACCGGGUCCGCGCCGGCGACACCCUGCAGGGCAUCGCGCUCAAGUACGGGGUCUCGAUGGAACAGAUUAAAAGGGCAAAUAAACUGUUUACUAAUGACUGUAUAUUUCUGAAGAAAACUCUGAACAUACCAGUUAUAUCAGAGAAGCCUUUGCAUUUUAAUGGACUCAACUCAAUGGAUUCUCCAGAAAAUGAAACUGUUGCUAGUUUCUCUCAUGAAAAUGUCCCUGUGGUGGCCCAGGAUGAGGACCUCUCUCCUCCCAGUCCCCCCGAAUCCACUGUCCAGCCUGAGCAGCCGGAGGAAGUGUCAGCUCAAGAUUUCCUGCAGAGAUUAGACCUACAAAUUAAGUUAUCAACACAGGCAGCCAAGAAACUGAAAGAAGAGAGCAGGGAAGAAGAAAGUCCCUAUGCAGCUUCCCUUUAUCACAAUUAGGGGCACGAAUGAACAUGGAUUAAAAGAUGCUUGCAAAGGACAGUUGAAGAUUCAGAAGCAUCCCUUUUGGAUUCUCAUCCUGCACAUUUUCAAAUGACAAUUACGUUUGACCUACAGCAGUUGCUCUGAUGGUGUGCUUAGCUUACCCUGGUUUUCUGUCAUUUUAGUCUUUCUUAUGGCAUGGUGGCAAAUUGUAUCAUAAAGCUCACCACUUUGCGAGGUGGUGGUAGUGUUUAGACAAGCUUUUGUAAAUACUAGCUGACAUAAACAUCAAAGAGUGUUUACAUAUUGAAACUGAAAGCAGUGUUGAUCUCUUGAGAAAUUCUAAUUCUGUAAGGACCUGGUUGCUGUUGAAGUGCUAUAGGCUUGAUUCUGUGUUUAUAUCUUAAGUGCUAUAUAAUAUAUAUUUCGAUAUGUAUUACAUACUCUGUAUGAAUAUGAAGAAUCACUUUUUGUCUGCUAUUUUAUAAAAAUAAACCACAGAAGUCUGAAUGAGAAAAUAAACUAUGUUUUCAUAUCAGAGCUUCA